UACUUCUCGCUACCUCUCCCUCUCUCAUUUUAUUUCCGCCUGUCACCCCAGCUCUGUCUUCUCUCUCUCUCUCUCUCUAUCAGAAUUCCUCCACACCUGUCAGAACAGAGGCACUGGAGAGAGAGGAGUGGAAACAAAGGGAGAGAAGGAACAAAGACACAGUGAGGGAGAAACCAGGAAGGAGGAGUGUGUAUUGACACCAGGCUAGGGGGGGGGGUGUCUAGAAAGAACUAGAGAAGCAUUUAGCUUCAUGUGAAAAGGUUGCUGUGCCUUGAGUGGAGAAACAUUUUCCUUGUUGCUGUGGUGUUGGAUUGGCAUGGAUGCUAUCAUGCUGCAGGAGAAACUAGUGGAACGCUUGCUGUGCCCUCGAGUCAGAACUGCCAGGCAGAAGGAGAAGCAGUAUGUGGGGUUUGCCACCCUCCCUAACCAGGUGCACAGGAAGUCAGUGAAGAAGGGAUUUGACUUCACCCUCAUGGUGGCUGGAGAAUCGGGUCUGGGUAAAUCUACUCUGGUCAACAGUCUGUUCCUGACAGACUUGUACAAGGACAGGAAAUUACUGAACGCUGAGGAGCGAAUCAACCAGACAGUGGAGAUCAUUAAGCACACAGUGGACAUUGAAGAGAAAGGAGUUAAGCUCAAACUGACCAUUGUAGACACACCAGGCUUUGGAGAUGCUGUCAAUAACAACGAAUGCUGGAGGCCAAUCACAGACUACAUUGAGCAGCAGUUUGAGCAGUACUUCAGAGAUGAGAGUGGGCUGAACAGGAAGAACAUCCAGGACAACAGAGUCCACUGCUGCCUGUACUUCAUACCACCGUUUGGACACGGAUUGCGCCCAGUAGAUGUUGAGUUCAUGAAGGCUCUCCAUGAGAAGGUGAAUGUGGUUCCUCUCAUCGCCAAGUCUGACUGUCUCACUCCCAACGAGAUCAAGAAACUCAAAGACAGAGUCCGGGAGGAGAUUGAUAGGUUUGGCAUUAAGGUCUACCAGUUCCCAGAGUGUGACUCGGAUGAGGACGAAGAGUUCAAACAGCUGGACAAGGAGCUGAAGGAGUGCUGUCCAUUUGCAGUGAUCGGCAGUAACACAGUCGUUGAGGCCAGGGGUCAGAGGGUGAGAGGGAGGCUGUACCCCUGGGGGAUCGUGGAAGUGGAGAACCAGUCUCACUGUGACUUUGUGAAGCUGAGGAACAUGUUGAUUCGCUCUCACAUGCACGACCUGAAAGACGUGACCUGUGACGUGCACUAUGAGAACUACAGAGCCCAGUGUAUACAGGAGAUGACCAGCAAACUGACGCAGGACAACCGCAUGGAGAGUCCAAUCCCCAUCCUGCCUCUGGCCACCCCCGAUGUGGAAACAGACCGUCUCAUUAAGAUGAAAGAUGAAGAGUUGGCGAGGAUGCAGGAGAUGUUGAAUAAAAUGCAGCAGCAGAUACAUGAUGGGAAGGAGCAGUGACCCCUACAGCCCCAUCUACUGGCCAGACAGUGAACUAAAACCACAACUUCAGAAAUGAGCGACUUGUAAACUAAACUUAUGUGACAACAUGAUACUUACUGAUAUAAUCAGCAGUGUGUUUGAAUUGGGGAAUGGGGGGGGGGGGGUCAAGAGCUGGAAAUCCAUUUGACAUUUGUUUUUAUGGUGCUUUGUAUAUUUGGUAUGUCCUGCAAGGAUACAUCUGAAGUUUAUCAAUUUUUUUACUGUACCUUCAUUUGAACCCCAUUAAUAUAAUUAACGCGCCUAAUAAUAUAUGACAAUAUAAAAAUGUAAUUUAAAUGAGCUGUUGUAUGUAUCUAAUUUAUAAAUAUGCUGAAUACUUUUGGGAUAUUCUGUAAGGUUAUGAAUACACAUAACAAAAUGUUUUGUAAAACAGUGAUAUUAAUGAUGUUAAGGUGUGAAACUUGUUUAUGUUGAGAGCAUGUGAGUGAGUGAGUUAGGAGAACCUCAUUCUGCUUUGAAACUGUGAGAGUCUGUUUUCCCUUUUUUUGUGGCAUUUCUUGUAGUUUUCAUCAUGGUGAAUACAUAGUAACAGACUACCUACUGAACAAAAGCCGGAACACCUUAUUUCCGCUGGUGUCCAAAUGGAACUUGGUGAGAAAUUGGAAACCCCUUUCUCCUUUCAUUUUCUAUAAUAGUGUUUUGCAGCCUACAGGUCAGGUGGACAGUGUCUUCGGUGCCAGUUGCUCACCAUGCAGUGAAUUGAGAGCUAUUGACAGACCAGGCUAAUGAAAGGGUAGCUACUGAGAGAUAAGUGGUGCAUGUGCAAGUAUGCAAAGGUCCCUCAUAACCGCCUACAGCUACAUAUCCACCCUUUCACAUUAUGCAAUGCGGUUGUCUUGUUUAAAGAAAUGCAUUAUGAACUACGCCUCAAUCCCACUAUGUGAUGGUAAACCAAGGCCAACUGUUAAGAGCAGCUACAGGACUGUGUAUGUUUCUGUCCAGUAUGGCGCGUGUGCGUGCGUGCGUGCGUCCGUGCGUGUGUGCGUGCGUCCUAUGUAUUCUGUCCUCUGGCUGUGUUGUACAGAAUGUGGAUGGUGGCUUUUAUAGUGCUAAGUGCUCAGAGCGCGUGGUGGAACUAGUGACCAGGUUGUGAUGAAAAAUAAACAGCAUUGCUCCAUUA